UAACAGCACAGCUCCAUCUUUGUAGGAUUUGACAGGAGCUUUGACCUGUGUCGAAGAGGACCAGAAGCACGGAGUGGAAGAAGUACACUCUCACAAUGGACAAAACGGCAUAGACGCCUGUUAUUAAACCAGACUCAUAGAGCUUUCAUCCAAGCAAGCAGCAAAUAUCUUAGUUUAACACGAACCUGAAAAAAUGACUAAUUUCAGCGCCCUCGCUGGAGUGGUUGAAAUCCAACGGAACUAAUGGGACACGCGGGCUUAAAAUAAAUCCUUUUUGGUGAAUGACACUGUACCAGAGAGCCUACGUGAUAGAAACGGAGAGGCACACACGGAAGUGCAGACAUGGCUGACAGGACUGCUCCCAACUGCCACCUGAGACUGGAGUGGGUGUACGGAUACCGGGGACACCAGUGCCGCAACAACCUGUACUACACGGCCGCCAAGGAAAUAGUCUAUUUUGUCGCCGGUGUGGGAGUUGUGUACAACACUCGGGAGCACAAGCAGAAAUUUUACCUGGGGCACAACGAUGACAUAAUAAGUCUCGCUCUCCAUCCGGAACGUGUGCUGGUGGCUACAGGACAGGUGGGCAAGGAGCCUUACAUCUGCGUCUGGGACUCCUACACCGUGCAGACGGUGUCCAUCCUCAAAGACGUGCACACACAUGGCAUCGCCUGCCUGGCCUUUGACCUGGAGGGACAGUGUUUGGUGUCUGUUGGCUUGGACUCAAAAAAUACAAUCUGUGUGUGGGACUGGAGGAGAGGGAAGGUUCUGGCAGCAGCUCCUGGCCAUACAGACAGGAUAUUCGACAUUUCAUGGGAUUUGUACCAGCCCAGCAAGCUUGUCAGCUGUGGUGUCAAACACAUCAAGUUUUGGAGCUUAUGCGGUAAUGCUCUCACACCCAAACGCGGAGUUUUUGGCAAAACUGGGGAUCUCCAAACCAUCCUCUGCCUUGCCUGCGCCAAGGAUGAAGUCACAUAUUCAGGUGCCUUGAAUGGUGACAUAUAUGUUUGGAAGGGGAUCAACCUGAUGAGGACGGUUCAAGGAGCUCAUGGGUCAGGAAUUUUCAGCAUGAAUGCUUGUGAAGAGGGCUUUGCGACCGGAGGGCGGGAUGGCUGCGUCCGGCUGUGGGAUCUCAACUUCAAACCAAUUACUGUCAUUGAUCUCAGGGAAACAGACCAAGGAUAUAAAGGGCUGUCUGUGCGCAGCGUGUGCUGGCGAGGGGAUCACAUCCUAGUGGGAACGCAGGACAGUGAGAUCUUCGAGGUGGUGGUCCAUGAUCGCAACAAGCCCUUCCUCAUCAUGCAGGGCCACUGUGAGGGUGAGCUGUGGGCACUGGCGGUGCACCCCACCAAGCCCCUGGCCAUGACGGGAAGUGAUGACCGCUCAGUCAGGAUAUGGAGCCUUAUAGAUCAUGCGCUGAUAGCUCGCUGCAACAUGGAGGAGCCAAUCCGCUGUGCAGCCGUAAGCACUGAUGGUAUUCACCUGGCACUGGGGAUGAAGGAUGGCUCAUUCACCGUUCUAAGAGUUAGAGACAUGACAGAGGUGGUCCACAUUAAGGACAGGAAGGAGGCCAUUCAUGAGCUGAAGUACUCCCCUGACGGGGCACACCUGGCUGUUGGCUCUAAUGAUAACUCGGUGGACAUCUAUGGAGUAGUACAGCGGUACAAGAAAGUGGGCGAGUGCAUUGGCUCCACAAGCUUCAUUACACACAUGGACUGGUCCACAGACAGCAAAUACCUCCAGACCAAUGACGGCAGUGGCAGGAGGCUCUUCUACCGGAUGCCAAGUGGGAAGGAGGUGACCAACAGGGAGGAGCUGAAGCUAGUUCAGUGGGCUUCAUGGACAUGUGUGUUGGGCCCUGAGGUUAAUGGAAUAUGGCCCAAAUACUCGGACAUAAAUGACAUCAACUCUGUCGACGCAAACUUUAACAAUCAAGUCUUGGUCACUGCUGACGACUAUGGAUUAGUCAAACUGAUGCGAUAUCCAUGUAUAAAAAAGGGAGCAAAAUUUAAAAAGUAUCUGGGUCAUUCAGCUCACAUUACUAAUGCUAGAUGGUCCCAUGACUACCAGUGGGUCAUAACCAUCGGCGGUGCAGAUCACUCAGUGUUCCAGUGGAAGUUUGUUCCUGAAAGAAAGUCGAAAGAGGCGCUGCAUAUAGCACCACAAGAGACCUUGGCAGAUUCUCACAGUGAAGAAUCAGAUUCCGACCAGUCAGAUGUGCCAGAAAUGGACUCAGAAAUUGAGCAGGAGACACAGCUCACGUAUAGACGGCAGGUUUAUAAAGAAGAUCUACCUCAGCUCAAAGAGCAGUGUAAAGAGAAGCAUCGAGCUAUGGCCACGAAGAAGAGAGAACGGGCACCAGGCAGUGGGAUCAAGCUUCAUUUCAUCCAUGGCUAUAGGGGUUACGACUGCAGGAGCAACCUGUUUUACACCCAGACAGGGGAGAUUGUCUACCACGUUGCUGCUGUUGGGGUUGUAUACAACAGACAACAAAAUACUCAGCGUUUCUACAUGGGCCACGAUGAUGACAUCCUCUGUCUGGCAAUCCACCCCCUGAAGGACUUUGUGGCAACAGGCCAGGUUGGCAGAGAUUCAUCAGUCCACAUAUGGGACACAGAAGCGUUAAAACCUCUGUCUGUGUUGAAAGGUUUUCACCAGCUUGGAGUGUGCGCUUUGGACUUUUCAGCGGAUGGCAAAAGGCUUGCGUCGGUUGGCCUGGACGACAAUCACACCAUUGUGCUGUGGGACUGGAGAAAGGGGGAGAAGCUCUCGGCCAUGCGGGGAAGCAAGGACAAGAUAUUUGUUGUUAAGAUAAACCCUUACCUGCCUGACAAGCUCAUCACUGCUGGUGUGAAACAUAUGAAGUUUUGGCACAAAGCCGGUGGUGGUCUAAUUGGGCGCAAGGGGAACAUGGGGAAGACAGAGACUAUGAUGUGUGCUGUGUAUGGCUGGUCAGAGGAGAUGGUGUUUUCAGGGACUUGUACUGGGGACAUUUGCAUCUGGAGGGACAUGUUCCUGAUGAAAACCGUCAAAGCCCAUGACGGCCCUGUGUUUAGCAUGCAUGCUCUAGAAAAGGCAAGUCACAGAGCCAGAAGGAGAGAUUUUGGAUUUGUGACCGGAGGAAAAGAUGGUAUUGUAGCUCUGUGGGAUGAUACAUUUGAGAGAUGCCUCAAAACCUACGCCAUCAAGAGAGCAGUUCUAGCUCCAGGAUCUAAAGGGCUGCUCCUGGAGGACAAUCCCUCAAUUCGUGCCAUAUCUCUUGGCCAUGGCCACAUCCUGGUGGGGACUAAGAAUGGCGAAAUUCUUGAGGUGGAUAAGAGUGGGCCCAUCACUCUGCUGGUCCAGGGUCAUAUGGAGGGUGAAGUAUGGGGCCUGGCCACUCAUCCCCAUCUCCCUCUAUGUGCCACCGUCAGUGAUGACAAAACCCUGCGCAUAUGGGACCUGUCACCCAGCCACUGCAUGUUGGCUGUACGCAAGCUCAGGAAAGAUACCUUUUUCUACACAGGUGGGCGUUGCUGCUGCUUUUCCCCUGAUGGAAAAGCCUUAGCGGUUGGCCUGAACGACGGCAGCUUCCUCAUUGUGAAUGCAGACACCCUGGAGGACCUGGUGUCCUUCCACCACCGCAAGGACAUCAUUUCAGAUAUCAAGUUCUCUCCAGGAGCUGGCAAGUACCUCGCAGUGGCCUCAGGAGACAGUUUUGUGGAUAUUUACAAUGUAAUGAGCAGCAAACGGGUGGGAGUGUGCAAAGGAUGCCUCAAUUACAUCAGUCAUCUGGACUGGGACAAGAGGGGAAAACUACUCCAAGUCAACACGGCGGCGAAAGAACAGUUUUUUUUCGAAGCUCCGCGUGGGAAGAGACAGACCAUCCCAGCCUCAGAGGUGGAGAAGAUUGACUGGACCACAUGGACAUGUGUACUUGGGACAUCCAUUGAGGGCGUUUGGCCUGUGAUUAGCGAGGUCACUGAGGUGACCUCUGCCUGCCUUAGUAAUGACAGGAGAGUGCUAGCAACAGGUGAUGACCUCGGAUACAUCAAGCUCUUCAGAUAUCCUGUUAAGGGAAAAUAUGCAAAGUUCAAACGCUACGUGGCCCACAGCACGCAUGUCACCAAUGUGCGGUGGACUCACGACGACAGCCUCUUGGUGACAGUGGGCGGGAGUGACACGUGCCUCAUGAUCUGGACCCACGAGUCGGAGAGUCUUCGGGAUUUCAAACUGUGUGACAGCGAGGAGUCGGACAUUGAAAGCGAAGAUGAUGGAGGCGAGAAUUGUGCAGUUCGCUAUGACAGUGACGUGACGAGGGAGAAUGAGAUCAACUACACCAUCAAGGCCUUAUCUACCAACAUGCGACCAAUGACAGGAGUGAAGCCCCACCUUCAACUAAAGGAGCCCUCCGUCGAUGAAAGACAAGGGGUGGUGAGGCCUCCUGUCAGCAGAGCGCUGCCUCAGCCAGAGAAGCUGCAGACUAAUAAUGUCGGCAAAAAGAAGAGACCUAUUGAGGAUCUGGUGCUUGAGCUGGUGUUUGGUUACCGUGGCAAUGACUGCCGCAAUAACGUGCACUACCUGAACGAGGGGGCGGACAUAAUCUACCACACUGCCUCAGUCGGCAUCGUCCUUAACUUGACAACCUCCUGCCAAAGUUUCUAUGUAGAACACAGUGACGACAUUCUGUGCCUGACAAUCAAUCAACACCCCAAAUUCCCCAACGUGGUGGCAACAGGCCAAGUAGGUGAUACUGGUGACAUGUCGGCCACGUCCCCCUCAAUCCAUGUGUGGGAUGCCAUGACCAAACAGACACUGUCGGUGCUGCGCUGUUUCCACUCCGGUGGGGUUUGCUAUGUCAGCUUUAGUGCCACAGGAAAGCUCCUGCUAUCUGUGGGCCUGGACCCCGAACACACCAUCACCAUCUGGAAGUGGCAAGAAGGUGCCAAAGUGGCCAGCCGGAUAGGUCACACCCAGAGGAUCUUUGUGGCCGAGUUUCGACCCGACUCUGACACACACUUUGUGUCUGUGGGCAUCAAACAUGUGCGUUUCUGGACUUUAGCCGGCAGAGCACUGCUUAGCAAGAAAGGCGUGAUGAGCUCCAUUGAGGACGCCCGGAUGCAGACCAUGCUGUCUGUUGCAUUUGGAGCUAAUAACUUGACAUUUACAGGUACCAUAAGUGGGGAUGUGUGUGUGUGGAAGGAACACAUACUAGUAAGAAUAGUUGCCAAAGCUCACACGGGCCCUGUGUUCACUAUGUACACCACACUGAGAGAUGGCCUCAUCGUCACGGGAGGCAAAGAGAGACCGUCAAAGGAAGGUGGCGCUCUAAAGCUCUGGGACCAGGAGCUGAAACGGUGCCGAGCGUUUCGACUGGAAACUGGACAGAUCAUAGACUGCGUUCGCUCUGUGUGCAGGGGGAAGGGGAAAAUCCUCGUAGGUACCAGGAACGCAGAGAUCAUUGAAGUGGGGGAGAAGAACGCGGCGUGCAACAUCCUGGUGAACGGGCACAUGGACGGACCCGUGUGGGGUCUGAGCACUCAUCCCUCCAGAGAUGUGUUUCUGUCCGCUGCAGAGGACGGCACCGUCCGUCUGUGGGACAUCCCAGAGAGGGUGACAAUCUCAGGUUGUUUCAGCAUUGUCAUCUUUAAGUUAGCUGACAAUGUUCUGAGCCAGUGCUCUUUGUUUAUCUUCAUGGGGAAACAGAAGAUGCUAAACAAGGUGAACCUGGGUCACCCGGCGCACGCCAUCAGCUACAGUCCUGAAGGAGAGAUGGUCGCCAUCGGCAUGAAGAAUGGAGAGUUUAUCAUUCUUCUCGUUGCCUCACUCAAAAUCUGGGGGAAGAAAAGGGACAGACGCUCUCCAAUUCAAGAUAUAAGGUUCAGUCCAAAUUCCCGUUACUUGGCCGUCGGCUCCACCGAAUGUGCCGUGGACUUCUACGACCUGACGCUGGGCCCGCAGCUGAACCGGAUCAACUGCUGCCGGGACAUCCCCAGCUUCGUCAUGCAGAUGGACUUCUCCGCCGACAGCGCUUACGUCCAGGUACAGCCUUUGCGAGCGGCCAUACAGUCAUGGAUCAGGCCCUGUGCACCCACCCUGACGUGCGCUUCCUUGGAACAGUUAUCCACAGGUGCUUACAAGCGACUGGUGUACGAAGUUCCGUCUGGGAAGCAGAUCGCAGAGCAGGGCCACAUCGACAGGAUCACCUGGGCCACCUGGACAAGUGUCCUUGGGGAUGAGGUUGUUGGGAUCUGGUCCCGGAACGCUGACAAAGCAGACGUCACCUGUGCCUGCGUGUCCCAUUCGGGCCUUAACAUCGUCACAGGCGACGAUUUUGGAAUGGUUAAGCUGUUUGAGUUUCCUUGUCCGGAGAAGUUUGCCAAACACAAACGCUUUCUGGGCCAUUCUGCUCAUCUGACAAACGUACGCUUCACAAGCGGAGAUCGUUUUGUCGUCAGCGCCGGCGGAGACGACAGAAGCCUUUUUGUGUGGAGGUGUGUCCACGCCCCACACUGA